AUGGAGAUCAACUUCGCUGAGGUCGAGCACAGAGCCAUCGAGUACCUGAACCACAAACAAUGGAGCAAUGCAUUUUUCUGUUUCGACCAGUUGUUGGAAAACGCAGUGGCCAAAAGCUUGCCAUCGGAAAGAUUUGUUGGCUAUCUAUUAGGUCGGUCACAAUGUAAUCUGGAAUUGAAAAAAUAUGAAGACGUCAUUCACGAUUGCCGACACAUCAUAUCUAUGUUGACUGACGACGAAAAUGCAUAUAGUUCACGUGUACGUCGUAAUCUAGUCAAUGCACUAUUUGCAUUGAAAAGAUAUGGUGAAGCAGAACAAGCUGCCUUGGAAUGGGUGGUGAGGUCGGACAAUAACAGUGAAGCCAAAAAAAUGUUGGAUACUGUGCGCUUAGUGUGGAGUAUGUCAAAAGAAGACAUCCCUACACCAGUACAGACAUUAGAAGAUCAGUUGAACCAGAUCAAUGAGGAUUUGCUGUUUGGAGAUAGACUAGAUUCUUGGAUUGCUACUGGUGUAAGGGAGCAAAGUCGAAGGAAUAGAAAGCAUCCUGUUGAACUAGUUGAUGAUGACAAAAUGGUUGGCCAACUAUUUGAAUCAUCUAGUAAUAAUAAUAAUGGCAUACAACAUUUUGAGAGAAACAGCCAAUUUUUUGAACGGUUUAAUGGAACUGGACAAGAAAACGGUAUGACUUACUCUAAUAUAGCAAAGCAUAAUGGCGAAUCAUAUGAUUUAAGAACAAAUUAUCAGUCAAAAGUCACUGAAGUUUUCCAAGAACCAACUAGAAAAGAAAAGCAAACAGAAUUAAAAUUUCCACAGAAAAAUGAAAUGAGGUAUUCUUGUACAUAUUGUGGUAUAUCAUUCCAUUUAGAAAAUCAGCUUCGGGCACAUUGUGCUACUGAAAACCAUCAAACAGUAAUUAUGUCUGAUGAAGGACGUGAUUGGAAAUGGCGUCCACCACCACGAGGAUUCUCUUCUGAAUGCUAUACCUUAUGUGAAGCUUUUUCGGAAGGAGAAGGAACAGAAAAUUCUUGCAAAUAUGGAGCUCAAUGUGUUGAAGCACAUGGUAUGGAAGAAUUAACUGAAUGGAAAGAAAGAUUUGAGUACAGACGAAUGAAAUUACAACGUGCUAGUGAAAAUAAACUUUAUGGAAAAUCUUAUACAGAACAGUUAUUAGAAAGGUGGGUACAGUCGACUAAUCCAGAAAAAAUUAUGCGCGAAAGUUUAGACAGUGUUGACGAGUCUCAUGAUUGUGACUUAGUAACUACUGUUGAAUCCAAAACUAGUAACCGUGAAUGGACAUUUGUUCUAGAAACAACUUCAUCUCUUCAAGCUGUUGCUUUACUUCAAGAUACUUAUCGUAAUCAUUUUUCUCUAAAACAUAUUUUAGUUGAUAAUGGUUUGCAACAAGUUGCUUUUGAUAUGGAACCGCCAAAUGAUCAAGAGUGGGUAUCUCAAGCUCAACAUCCUGUUUCUCAAUCCUUGUCUUCCAAAUUAAGACAUCAGAUCAAAGUUUAUUUUACAACAAAUAUUUAUGGAACCUUCAGACAAGCAGUAGUAUUUGAUUUUGGUCUUGGUCCAGUUCUGGUUAAACAUCUUUGUGUAGAUGUUAUACCUGUGACAGAUUGUGGUAAAGUCAAAGAAAUUCACAAAGAGUUAAUAUUAUCUUCUAUGGAACGAUGGAAUCCGAGUAACUCAAAUAUUGUGGAGUUUCAAUCAUCAAUUGGACCUACUCAAGCACAAGAUGAUAGGGAAAGAGAGCAAAAUUUAUUAUUGAGUUAUGCUGCACCUUGUCCUUUAACAUUUGCUUUGACUCAUUCCACUAUUACAGAGAAGAAACUUACAAGGAACAAUUAUAGAGCAAGAAUUCACGAGUUAUUAUAUGUUGAAGAACUAGCACGUUAUGAACAAGUGGCCAAGUACAAUUUGACUGCAAAAUUACAAUUGGCUAGCUGCUAUCUACUUUCACCUAGUGGUGUUGCAGCUAGUACAGCAAAAUAUUCUCAUAAUAAUGAGUUGUUUGCAUUAUUACAACUUGGAACAGAUGUAUCUGAAGACACUUCUGCCGGAAGAUUAAUUUUAAAUAAUUGUACCACUGUAUAUCUUUCCCCAGCUAAAGACAAAAAGUCAUCUGAUGAAAAACGAACUGUUCAUGAAGCACAAAUUGAAGAUAAAGGAAAAAAUGUUAUAUAUCUUAGAUUAUCAGCCAAUACAGUUACUGGUCUUGGUCUUAAAGCAGAUACAAAUGUAAAAUUUGAUGUUCAGUUUCAAUUAAAUCGAAUACCAUAUUGUGAAUGGCAUUAUGCUAUUGAUCAUAUAGCUGACUUCAAAAUUAUUUUUCCUGAUACAUUUUUGGAACCAAUUAUACCAUGGAGUCCAAAACGACAAUGGGUAGAAAUAAUUGACAAAAAACUUAAUGUAAAACAAAGAGAAGCUGUUAUUGCAAUCACAACUCCUACAAACAUUAGUUUACCCCCGAUACUAAUUAUUGGUCCCUUUGGUACAGGCAAAACUUAUACUUUAGCCCAAGCCAUCAAACAAACAUUAUUACAAGAUAAUACAAGAAUCUUAGUUUGUACUCAUUCAAAUAGUGCUGCAGAUUUGUAUAUAAAAGACUAUUUACAUCCAUAUGUUGAGGAUGGACACACAGAAGCAAAACCAUUGAGGAUAUAUUAUCACAAGCGUUGGGUGUCUACUGUUCAUAGUACUGUUCAAAAGUACUGUAUUUUGGAUCAAAAUGGUUCAUUUAGACUACCAACACUAGAAGAAAUCUUAAAUUAUCGAGUGAUAGUAGUAACAUUAAGUAUUUCUAUGUUUUUGUCAUCUGUUGGGUUGAAAAAAGGUCAUUUUACGCAUAUUCUUUUGGAUGAAGCUGCUCAAGCUAUGGAAUGUGAAGCUAUUAUGCCGUUGGCACUUGCUAAUACUGACACACGAAUUGUGUUAGCUGGAGAUCACAUGCAGCUAAGCCCAGAAAUUUUUUCAAAAUUUGCAAAAGAAAGGAAUUUGCAUGUAUCAUUACUAGAACGACUGUAUGAUCACUAUCCUGGACAAUUUGCUUCUAAAAUAUUAUUAUGUGAAAAUUACAGAGCACAUGAAGCUAUUAUACAUUUCACAUCUGAAUUGUUUUAUGAACAAAAACUUGUAAGCAAAGGUAAUCAACCUCAACAUGAUAGUUUAUAUCCAUUGACAUUUUUUACAACUCGGGGUGAAGAUAUACAAGAUAGUAAUUCAACUGCAUUUUAUAAUAACGCUGAAGUUUAUGAAGUUGUUGAACGAGUAUCUGAAUUACGAAAAAAUUGGCCAAUUGCAUGGGGAGCAUUUGAUGAACAUUCUAUUGGUAUUAUGACUCCUUAUUCAGAUCAAGUAUUCAGAAUUAGAUCAGAAUUACGUAAACGACGUAUGGGUGGCAUAUCUGUUGAAAGAGUACUCAAUGUACAAGGCAAACAAUUCAGAGCAAUAUUUCUGAGUACUGUAAGAACCAGACGAACGUGUUUGGCCAAUAAUGUAGGAGGUGGUGAGAAAUCUAACAGUGGAAUAAGUAAACUUGGCAUGGAUGAUAUGGACUAUGGAUUUUUAUCUAACUCAAAGUUGCUAAACACUGCCAUUACCCGUGCACAGAGUCUUGUUGCAGUGGUUGGAGACCCUGUUGCACUUUGUUCAAUUGGACGAUGUAGAAAAGUCUGGGAACGUUUCAUUCAAAUAUGUGAUGAAAACCAUAGUCUUAAUGGUAUCACAUGGAUUCAUUUACGAAAUUUGUUAGAUAACCUCGAAUUAAAGAAAUCAUAUAUUUUAAAUCCUUUGGCUCCAGAAUUUGUACCUAGGCGUUACCAACAAGAGUCUUAUAUAAAGAUUCCUCAAUCUUUAGCAACUUUUAAUGCAGCCAUACCACCACCACCUAUAAGGUUUUCUCAACCACCACCUUUAUUUUCUUCGCCCAUAUUUCCAUUUCCAUUGUAUAUACCUUCUAUUACUCAACCACCUCCACCAGCUUUUAUUUCUCUACGACAACCAAUCAUAAAUCCUUCUCAAAUGUGGCCACUUGGUCCACUAACAACAACAACUGCUCCAAAUAUUUUUCCGAGACCUAUACUUCAGCCGUCAAUACAAAAACCAAACGAGGAAGAAAUUCGGCCACCACCCGGUUUAGUACCUCCACGUAACCCAGGCCUAGUUCACUUAGUUCAAAAUGGACACACUGAUCUUCAAUUUGUCCAGAAUACUGCUGGAGUGACUCCUGUAAACUUGCCUUCUCCAAAUAUGAUUGUACCAAAUGCCAAUUUAAUGGGACUUCAAGAUCAAUUCAACAAAAUGAACAUGUCAUCACUACAACCAUUUGCAAUGCAACAUCCUUCACUGGUGCAACCAUUCAAUAUUAGGUCAAUGGUUGAUGUGAACAAUAAACAUGCUGAAACAAUUACAGCACAACAAACACAACGCAACAAUGAUCGAUCAAUGCUUGAGGGUAUGUUACCACAUAACAUUAGUUUAGAAGAAAUGAUGACUUCUCAGUCAAAACAAGUGGAGUGGCUGAAAUUUCUUACAGAUAAUGGUGGUGUUUUAAUGGGACAAAAGUUUAUCGAACUAUUACGAUCUCAAUCGCAGUACAAAAAGUCAACUAUCCAACAACCACCGCCUAUUCAACAGCCACCACCAAAUAUUCCAUUGCAAAUGAAUGUACCUCCUCCUGAAAUAGGAAGUAGAGUUCCUGAUGAUUUGUUAAAUAUUUUGAUUCAACAACAGCAAAAUCAAAAACAGCAAAUCAAUCAUAAUGGUUUUGGGAAUCCAUCCCAGGGAGUUCCACAUUUAGAUGGUAGUGGAACAGAUGAUUUGUAUAAACCAUUGGGUAAUCAGUUUACACUCAGUCAACAACACACAAAUAUUGAACAAAUUGAUCGUACACCGUUAUAUAAACGACAAGCACAGCCACAACCUAAUGGCAAUAUAAUGUUACCAAUGAAUGGUGAUCGUCAGGCAUUGUCUCCUCAAUAUCAGGGUAUGUCGACAUAUGCAGAUGCAUGUAGACAAUCACCAAUGGUUGAAGAACGGAAAAAUCCUGUUGAUAACCAGUUUGGCAAUGAUCCACAGUGCAAUAAUGCAUUCUAUAAUUUUUUUAACUGAAUGCAUUUGUAUUAAAAAUUUUCUCUGUAAUUUUUUUCUUGAAUUUUUGAC